AUGAAGGGAACGACCUUGCUGACAUUUCUUGCCUUCCUCUUCGCCUUCGUGAGCGCUGGUAACGAUCAUGACGCCGACGACUUCUGCAUUGCAACAUGCCAGACGAUCAAGGGUGGCUCCAUGAAGAUCUCUAGUCCUACCUGCCCUGGGGUUACCGGUGAAUAUUGUGAGGACUACUGCAAUUGCUCCGGGGAAGGCGUCAUGACUUGCAGCAACAAGGGAGUCAAAUGUUCACAGGAUGCAGUCACCAAGACCUGCGAGCAAGGACUGGCCAAACAAUGGGAAUGCUGGUGCCAAGACAUGUCUUAUUUCUCUGAUGGAUGGGGCCCGGGCAAGGGGGAAACCUGUGCAGCCAACUAAGAAUGCUGGACCUUCGUUCUGGGCCGGGGUCACCUGAGGCGCUUCCAGAUCGGUUGAGGGAAGGCGAAUGCGAACCUACGCAGGAGGCAAGAUUGGUUGGAAUUCGCGUCUCCUCUCCUUCUGCCAGAGGGUGCACACC